AUGAGCCACCAACCGGACCAAGACUCCAAGCCUCAACGUCUACCCUACAAAGGCUCGUGCCAUUGCGGAGCGAUUCGAUACGUCGUCUUCCUGACAGUCCCUCCUCCAUCCUAUCUCAACAAGGGACCGCCUCCGCGUCGAGGUGUCCAACGCAUCUACAGAUGCAAUUGCACAAUUUGUCACAAAAUAGGGACCCUUCAUCUCCGACCAACGUCUGAAUUCGACGACUUCUUCCUGUUAUCGCCACUUGAUCCUCUGGAGAGUCUGGGCGACUACAUGUGCAACGCCAAGACAGCGCACUACCUGUUUUGCAAGACAUGCGGAAUACGAUGCUUCACCUUUGGCGGCGAGGGAGAGAUUGUCGACGUUACUUUGCCAGAGGUGCUUGCGUUGGCUGAUGGUGCAUCGGGGUCUGGGCAAGAUGGCGUCUCUGUCAAGGCAUGGAGGCCUAAAAAGGUUGAGCAGAGUGAUGAAGGAUCUCAUGAGAACUCGUAUCUCAGUGUCAAUGGACAAACUAUUGAGCCGGGUCAGGAGGGUUUUGACCUGAGGGAAUGGGCGGAGAGAAAGGCGAUUAUGUACCUGGACUAUCUCGCCGAUGAGAAGGACAGAUUGGACGAGCGCUGCGAGAGGCCUCAUUUCGGAGGUGCCUAUUAA